UAAGGCAAGCAGCUCUGAGGCCUGACUCUCUGUACAGUAUGGAGUAUGCUGUACAGACAACGCAUCAGCAGUGUUGUCUCAAGUGUUCAUAAUGGCCUUUGGCGUGGCAGCGAGUUUUGUUUUGCUGAUUCUCUCUGGAAUCGGCUUGUACACUUUCAAGGACGAAUUGGAACCAACGCAGACCUCUCAGACCAAGCACCAUGGAACCAAGGACUUGUACCAACUAAUCAAAGAUAACCCAAAGGCCUUGGAUUUAGAAGAUUGGCGUCAGGUCCUAGAUUCUGAGACAUUCCGCGUUACCCGGGAAUUUGGGACGGAACGUGCCUUCACUAGUCCUUUGAACAACAUCAAGAACAAUUCCGGAACGUUCCAAUGUUCAAAUUGUGGUCAAGCAUUGUUUCAUGCCAAGGCCAAAUAUGAAUCGGGCACUGGAUGGCCUUCGUUCUUUGAUGUUAUAUCUCCAAAAGUCAUUGGCUUGAGUACUGAUUUUAAGAUCGGGUAUCAAAGAUCUGAGGUUCAUUGUUCACGAUGCGGUGCUCAUUUGGGACACGUGUUCAAUGAUGGGCCCCAACCAACUGGAUUGAGAUAUUGCAUGAAUGGAGUGGCUCUCAAAUAUAAUCCUGGUUCGUAAGCGAUCUGCAAGUUAGAUGCUACUUGGAGGAUAAAAAUCAACCGCGACUUUCGAAGUAUGAUGUACUGUUCGUUUGGAUUUACUUUACAACUUCGCACAAUUAUGCAGCGGAAUGUGUCCGUCCAUCUUGUCUCGUUCAUGACUGUCGAAGAGCAUAACCAAAAUAUGUUUUUAAAGAUGUUUCAAAUCAUUUAGAAAGAUAGCAUCCAACGACAUGUUCAUCAUUUACUGUACUUAUUUCAACCCUUGGAAUAGAGUGUAAUGAAAAAGGUGGAA